AUGAAGAUAGGAAUGAAACCCGGCAAUCACCCCAAGAACAUCGGCCGCGGCAUUGGCAGUAUCGCAUGUUGGAUCACAGAUCCACAGAACGUGCAUAGACUGAUGCCAUUUGGCGCCGAGGGAGAACUACUUAUCCAGAGUCCGUACCUCGCACUCGGGUAUUUGCAAAACCCAGAACGUGAAGCGCAAGCCAUGCUCGAUCCUUGGUCCCUAGAAUGGGCACCUCUCAUGCAGCUUGAAGGGACUCGAGUGCACCGACUGCGUGUGGAUCUGGGAGAGGUUGAAAGUGCGAUCGAGUCGUGCCUCAAAUCCGGUCGCUUGGCAGUCACCUUGUCUGAACACGAUCGUCAGGAUGUCGAGGUUGUUGCUUUCGCCGAAACAACCGAUUACCAGGAAUAUCAAUUGGCCGAAAAGAUGCAUGACCAGCUAUCCAAAUUCCUACCAAAAUAUAUGAUUCCGACCGCGUUUGUGUCAAUAAAGUCCAUGCCACUCACGCUGUCAAAGAAAAUCGAUCGACAGCAACUUCGGGGACGAUUAUCAGAUAUAAGCCAAAAAGACCUUCAAGCAUACCGAAAGAAAUUUUCAGUCAAUGACUGCUUUGAAAUCCCAAACACCAGAACAUUGGCGGUCGAAAUUAGCAACAUUAUUGCAGACAUGUUCGAGAGCAAAGACGAAGACUUUGCAGUGUCUCUCCGAGGAAAAGACUUUUCGUUCGCCAGUGUUGGCCUCACGUCCAUGCAUAUGGAAUCAUUGGUAAACUCGAUCCGGAAGAAAUACCAGAAGAAACUCAAGAUCGACGAUUUGCAGAAACAUGAUCUGACCGUUUGCAAUAUCGAAGACUGUAUUCUCGGAACAAAGGGACUGAAGAGGAAAACUAGCCAAGCCAGAAAUCUGAUAGCCGAUCUCGCAAAACUGAAGCCAAAGCUCGAUUUCAUUCAAAGUUGCCAAGCAACUGUCUUUCUAACAUCAAUUACCGGAUUUCUCGGCAGCCAGAUAUUGAGAUUUCUAUUGGAAUAUCCGGAGAUCAAGUGUGUCAUUGGCCUUAUUCGGGCGAAAGAUGAAGAGCAAGCCCGACGGAAGCUCGGACUGGAGCAGUCUAAAUGGGACCGCCUCUUUUCAACGGACGAAGCAAAGCACGUCGAUGGGAUUAUUCAUAACGCAGCUCGGGUAAACUGGAUGGAUAGCUAUGAAAUCCUCGAGCCUGUGAACAUCCACAGUACCACCAACAUCCUCUCUGGGCUCUCCAAGGCGGAGUCUCCUUGUCCACUGAUUUAUGAUUCCGGAGGGUAUAUCCCAAUGGAGCCGGCGAACCACUUUGCCGAGAAGCUCUCGGAAGCAUCAGGAUACGACCAAACGAAGUUCAUGUCCCAAUUGCUGUUAAACGAGUACAAUAAGCACUUAGACCGAGAAAAUCCCAAGGCCGAGAAGGCGCGCACCGUGAUACCAGGAUUUAUCGUUGGAACCCAGAAAGAGGGCAUCGCACAUACAGAAGAUUCCCUGUGGCGACUGGCGUUCAGCAUUGUUCGAUUGAAAGCCGUUAGCCAGGAGCUCCAAUAA